ACAGACAAGACGCGUUCGCGUUGUCGCGUUCUUCUUAACCAGCAGCUUUCACACUCACGGUUUCACACCGUCAUCUUGUGACUUUUAUGGAGAAAUGGAAAUUUGAGAUAUCCCCAGUCGAGAGAUGAACCACACGAGAUUGCUAGUCACGGUGGCCGCCGGUUCGGCCGCUGUCCUUGCCAACUUUUACAGUGAGCCCACCAAAGGGAACGAUUUCCGGCCUGUCUUUGCCGAUUGCGCCUCGCCGUACGAAAAAACGCCGUCAAAAAAUGCCAGUCGAAAAUUGGAGUUGGCCAAGGAAAAGGCCAGGGAUGCUCUUUUGAAGAUUAAAUGCGAGGUCGGCGCUCCUGGGGUUGUCAUUGGAGUCAGCGUCGACGGGAAAGUCGUUUGGAAAGAAGGAAUUGGAUUGGCGAAUGUUGAGACGCGAACAUUGUGCCACGAAGAAACCGUGAUGAGAAUCGCCAGCAUUAGCAAAAGCAUGACAAUGGCCAUGGUGGCGAAACUGUGGCAGGACGGUAAACUGGAUAUCGACAAACCGGUCCAAGAGUACGUGCCUAGUUUCCCAAAAAAAUCCUUCAACGGCGAAAAGGUGGACAUUACAACAAGAAUGAUACUUAGUCACAUUGGAGGCAUCAGGCAUUACGUGAAAAAAGGGGAACAGUCGGAAAAUGAGCUGUCCGAGCCGGAGUCCAAGAAGGAAAAGAGCACCAGAGAGAAGGAGGUGUACAACAAGGAGAGGUUUGAGUCUGUUGAGAAGGCUCUAAAACUGUUCGAUGGGGACGAACUUCUUUCCAAGCCCGGAACUGAAUACCUUUACACGACUCACGGUUGGACUCUGGUUAGUGCGGUGGUGGAAGGCGCCAGCAAGGAAGAGUUCACGAAACACGCCAAGAAGUUCUUCAGCCAAUUAGGCUUGCACAAAACCAGGCUGGACGAGCCAGAACCAAUUAUUUACAACAGGGCAAACUAUUACCUGACCAAGAAAAACGGCCGCCUUGCAAAUGUCCCUUACUCAGACAACUCGUACAAGUGGGCUGGAGGUGGUUUCGUCUCAACAGUAGGGGACCUGCUCAAAUUCGGCAACGCAAUGCUCUAUUCCUAUCAGUGGCAGCCAAGCAUGACUGAAACGUCCGCUACAGAUCAAAAAAUUAGCGUUCCUGGUCUGCCGCCAGGCUUUCUCAACCCUGAAACGGUCCGUGAAAUGUGGACCGUCGUGCCAGUGACCAAGCAAAAGAACAAGAGCCAAAGGUACCGAGAAAAUGGUUACGGACUGGGCUGGCAGGUGGUGCCUUUUGUGGCCGAGUAUGGGACAACUGGAGGCGGCGACGUGCAGCCCUUCUCUGCCUUCCACACUGGUGCCGCUGUUGGGGCCAGUAGCGUUUUGCUGAUCAAGCCCGUGGACAGGGAUAUCAAAGACUGCUCCAGAAGUACCCCGCCCAGAGGAAUCUGCGUGGCCAUCUUGAUGAACAUGCAGAAUGUCGGCCUGGCCGGGGUUGCUGACGAUAUCGCUCGAAUAAUCGAAGAGCAUUAUUUGUGAUUGUGUCUCAUCUUCGUUUUUGUCCAGCAAGAUGGGUGGAUUGUGUGAAUUAAUAAGGAAAAAUAUUUUGUCUGGAGUGUAUUUAUCAUUGUGGGCCAAAAAUAAAAAUAUUAAAUGAG